GCAAUCCUCCCACCUAGUCUUCCAAGUAGCUGGGACUACAGGUGAACCCUACCACACCCAGCUUUUUUAAUUUUUUUAUAGAGUUGCAUUCUCGCUUUAUUGCCCAGACAGGCCCAAACUCCUGGCUUCAAGUGAUUCUCUCAUCUCAGCCUCCCAAAGUGCUGGGAUAACAGGUGUAAGCCAUCAGGCCAGGCAAUUUUUAAUUCUUAUGCAAAAUUUUCAACUAAUUCCUAGGAUUAAAAAAAAUGUCGAUCAACAUGCGGAUUAGAGGAAAAAAUAAUUUUAAACAAGAGAAAAAGUUAAAUGAGAUGAUGUAUAUGUAUACAGUGCCUGGCCUCAUGAUCACUGAGUCCACUGCAGCUUUUAAUUUUUUUUUCCAUACAGGGUCUCACUCUGUCACCCAGGCUGAGUACAGUGGCAUAAUCAUGGCUUACUGCAGCCUCAACCUCCUGGGCACAAGUAAUCCUCCCACCUCAGCCUCUCAAGUAGCUGGGACUACAGAUGCACACAAACACACCUAGCUAUUUUUGUUGUUGUCAUUGUAUUUUUUGGUAGUGUCAGGGUCUCACCAUGUUGCCCAGGCUGGCAUCUUGAACUCCUGGGCUCAAGCGAUCCUCCCACCUCAGCUUCCCAAAGUGCUGGGAUUACAGGUGUGAGCCACCAUGCCCAUCCUGUUGUAGCUAUUUUAAUAGUGCUGGUGAGCAAUAAUUUGCUCUCCCUCUAAAAACAGAACAUACUAAGCCAAGGAAAGCACCAAUCUAGUUUGUUCUCCCCAGAUCUUCAAAAUGUUGGAAUUAGUAUAAGAGUCCAAAAUAUUUCAUGUGGUUUAUUUAUUUAUUUAUUUAUUUUGGAGAUGCAGUCUCGUUCCAUCGUCCAGGUUGGAAUGCAGUGGCACAAUCUCUGCUCACUGCAACCUCCGCCUCCCGGGUUCAAGCAAUUCUCCUGCCUCAGCCUCCCAAGUAGCUGGGAUUACAGACAUGAACCGCCACGCCUGGCUAAUUUUUGCAUUUUUAGUAGAGAUGGGAUUUCUCCAUGUUGGCCACUCUGGUCUUGAACUCCUGACCUCAAAUGUUCUACCCGCCUUGACCUCCCAAAGUGCUGGGAUUACAGGUGUAAGCCACCAUGCCCGGCCAGUUUGAUUUUUUAUUGUUGUAAAAUACAUACAAAAUCUAUUAUUUUAGCCAUUUUCAAAGGAAAAAUUCAGUGCUGUCAAGUGCAUCCACCACACUCUACAGCCAUAUCCCCCAUCCAUCCCCAGAAUGCUUUCAUACUGUCCUGCAAAUAUGCAGCACCUUGCUACACUCCAGGUUGUUGUCCCACAACAGAGCUGGGUUGAAUUAUUAAUGUGGACUUUGUUCAACAACGGACUAAAGAGGGAGAAACCCAAGAACUCUGUGAGGAGUGCAUGACAGGUGCUCGUGGGAUGACAUGGCUCGGUGCCCUCCAGCUGCUGCUGCCACCACCUGUCCUGCUGGGCGGCCACCCCCUCCCAGGGAAGAAGAGCACUCACAACUGCUGCCGAUCUCCUUCCAGGGCUUCCGCUGGGACUACGAUCAGGAUGUGGACACCCCCAACAGGGACCGUCUGGCCGGGGAGGGCGUCAAGGCCAAGUACCUCAUGCCGCCCCUUGUCACAAUGACCUCCCCGUCCCACUUCACUGCCAUGCCAGAGCAUGGCUCUUUGCUGCUAAAGUCACCAAGAACGGGAGUCAUUAUGACCCUUACGGUCACCCGAGAGGAAGAAUGGAGACUUUUCUUAACUGAGUGGGGCCAAGAGAUAAGACCAGCUCUGGCUAAGCGGUGGCCAAGAGUGUGGGCGGAAGACAAACCUCCAGGGUUUGCAGUCAACCAAGCCCCCGUACUUAUAGAAGUUAAGCCUAGGGCCCAGCCGGUUAGCAAAAACAGGAGCCGGUCCCCAGAGAAGCUCUUGAAGGUAUCCAGGUCCAUCUCAAGCACCUAAGAACUUUUGGAAUUAGAGUUCCUUGUCAGUCUCCAUAGAACACUCCCCUCCUGCCUGUUCCCAAGCCUAAGACCAAGGACUACUGGCCGGUACAGGAUUUGUGCUUGGUUAAUCAGGCUACAGUGACUUUACAUCCAGCAGUACCUAACCCGUACACAUUGCUGGGGUUGCUGCCAGCUGAGGACAGCUGCUUCACCUGCUUGGACCUGAAAGAUGCUUUCUUUAGCAUCAGAUUAGCCCCUGAGAGGAAGAAGCUGUUUGCCUUUCAGUGGGAAGAUCCGGAGUCAGGUGUCACUACUCAGUACACUUGGACCGGGUUUCCCCAAGGGUUCAAGAACUCCCCCACCAUCUUCGGGGAGGCAUUGCCUCGAGACCUCCAGAAGUCUCCCACCAGAGACCUAGACUGCGUGUUGCUCCAGUACGUUGAAGAUCUUUUGCUGGGACACCCCACGGCAGUCGGGUGCACCAAAGGAACAGAUGCUCUACUCCGGCACCUGGAGGACUGUGGGUAUAAGAUGUCCAAGAAAAAAGCUUAGAUCUGCCGACAGCAGGUACAUUACUUAGGAUUUACUAUCGGAAAGGGGGAGAGCAGCCUAAGAUCAGAAAGAAAGCAUGUCAUUUGCGAUCUACCGGAGCCUAAGAUCAGAAGGCAGGUGAGAGAAUUCUUAAGGGCUGUGGGGUUUUGCAGACUGUAGAUCCCAAACUUUGCAGUAUAAGCCAAGACUUUGUAUGAGGUCACAAAGGGGGGGGGGGCGGAAACGUUUUGAAUGGGGAUCCCAGCACCAGCAAGCCUUUCAUGAGAUAAAGGAAAGAUUUAUAUCAGCCCCAGCCCUGGGGCUACCCGAUCUAACAAAGCCUUUUCUAUCGUAUGUGUCAGAGAGAGAAAAGAUGGCAGUUGGAGUUUUAAUCCAAACUGUGGGUCCCUGGCCAAGGCCGGUGGCCUACCCCUCUAAACAACUAGACGGGGUUUCUAAAGGAUGGCCCCCGUGUUUAAGGGCCUUGGCAGCAACUGCCGUGCUAGUACAAGAAGCAGAUAAGCUGACUCUUGGACAAAACCUGAACAUAAAGGCCCCCCAUGCUGUGGUGACUUUACGGAAUACUAAAGGACACCAUUGGCUAAUGAAUGCUAGACUCACCAAGUACCAAAGUUUGCUCUGUGAAAAUCUCCAUAUAACCAUUGAAGUUUGUAACACCCUGAACCCCGCUACCUUGCUCCCAGUAUCCGAGAGCCCUGUCGAGCAUGACUGUGUAGAAGUGUUGGACUCAGUUUACUCUAGCAGACCUAACCUCCAGGACCAGCCUUAGGCAUCAGUAGACUAGGAACUAUACGUGGCUGGGAGCAGCUUCAUCCACCCACAAGGAGAGAGAUGUGCAAGCUAUGCGGUGGUAACUCUGGACACUGUUGCUGAAGCCAGAUCGUUUCCCCAGGGCACUUCAGCUCAGAAAGCUGAACUCAUUGCUUUCAUUCGGGCCUUAGAACUCAGUGAAGCUAAGAAUGUCAACAUUUACACUGACUCUCAAUAUGCCUUUUCAACCCUUCAAGUGCAUGGAACAUUAUAUAAAGAAAAGGGCCUAUUGAACUCUGGGGGAAAAGAUAUAAAACAUCAAGAACAAAUCUUGCAAUUAUUACAAGCAGUAUGGAGACCCCACAAGGUGGCAGUUAUGCAUUGCAGAGGACAGCAGCGAGCUUCCACCUUGGUGGGUUUAGGGAAUUCCCACGCUGACUUAGAGGCUCGAAAAGCAGCAUCUGCCCCCUUCCGGACAUCAGUCACAGCCCCCAUGCUCCCUUCAAACAUCUGAUCUUGUACCUACUUAUUCUACAGAAGAAAAGGACUUUCUCCAGGCUGAGAGAGCACAAGUGAUGGAGGAAGGAUGAAUUCGGUUACCGGAUGGGAGAGUAGCUGUGCCACAGCUGCUAGGAGCUGCAGUUGUACUGGCUGUGCAUGAAACCACCCAUCGAGGUCAGGAAUCACUUGAAAAGUUGUUAGGCUGGUAUUUCUACAUCUCGCAUUUGCCAGCUCUUGCCAAAACGGUGACGCAGUGGUGUGUUACCUGCCGACAGCAUAAUGCGAGGCAAUGUCCAGCCGUUCCACCCGGCAUACAAGCUUAUGGAGCAGCCCCCUUUGAAGAGCUCCAGGUGGACUUCACAGAGAUGCCAAAGUGUAGAGGUAACAAGUAUUUACUAGUUCUUGGGUGUACCUACUCUGGGUAGGUGGAGGCUUAUCCAACACGAACUGAGAAAGCUCGUGAAGUAACUCGUGUGCUUCUUCGAGAUCUUAUUCCUAGAUUUGGACUGCCCUUAUGGAUCAGCUCAGAUAAUGGGUCGGCGUUUGUGGCUGACUUAGUACAGAAGGCGGCAAAGGUAUUGGGGAUCACACGGAAACUGCAUGCUGCCUCCCAGCCUCAGAGUUCCGGAAAGGUGGAGCGAAUGAAUCAAACUAUCAAAAAUAGUUUAGGGAAAGUAUGUCAGGAAACAGGAUUAAAAUGGAUACAGGCUCUCCCUAUGGUAUUAUUUAAAAUUAGAUGUACCCUUUCUAAAAGAACAGCAUAUUCCCCUUAUGAAAUAUUAUAUCAUAGGCCCCCUCCUAUAUUGCGGGGACUUCCAGGCACUCCCUGAGAGUUAGGUGAAAUUGAGUUACAGCGACAGCUACAGGCUUUAGGGAAAAUUACACAGACAAUCUCAGCCUGGGUAAAUGAGAGAUGCCCUGUUAGCUUA